AUGGCCAAGAUGAAACAGAAAGGAAAGUCGGGCGCGGCAAAAAACUACAUUACGCGUAACCAGGCUAUCAAGAAGCUCCAGGUUACGCUCGCCGACUUCCGCCGUCUCUGUAUUCUCAAGGGUAUCUUCCCACGUCAACCCAAGAGCGUUCGUAAGGCCAACAAGGGUUCCACCGCUCCCACCACCUUUUUCUUCGCCAAGGAUAUUGCAUACUUACAACAUGAGCCUGUGCUUCAGUCGUUGCGCGAGCACAAGACUUUUGCCAAGAAGCUUUCGCGUGCAAUUGGCCGUAGAGAAUGGGCCGCCGCCAAGAACCUCGACGAGAGCAAGCCUACGUACCGCCUGGACCACAUCAUCAAAGAGCGCUACCCGACAUUCCGAGACUCGCUCAAAGACAUUGAUGAUGCGCUCUCCUUGCUGACACUCUUCGCCAAUCUGCCAGCCACGGACAAGGUGUCCGCCGACGUGAUCGCCACUUGCUCGCGCCUGUGUGCCGAGUGGCAGCUAUACGUGAUGAAGACCAAGGCGCUCAAGAAGGUCUUCCUCAGCAUCAAAGGCAUCUACUUCCAGGCCGAAGUCCAUGGUGAGACCAUCACUUGGCUCGUACCCUACCUUUUUACCCAGCACAUUCCUUCGGACAUUGACUUCCGCAUCAUGUACACCUUCCUCGAGCUUUACCAGACCCUUCUCGGAUUUGUGCUUUUCAAGCUUUAUACCGAUGAGAACCUCGUCUACCCGCCCAGGUUCGACGCGGCCAAAGACGAGCAGGCUGCUGGCUUUGGCGCUCUCAGUCUCGAUUCAGCCAGCGCUGCAGUGUUGCGCGGCGAGAAUACGUCGGUCUCGGCAGCCAGCCGCGACGCUGCUACAGCUGCUUCGUCGUCUUCGGCUGUCAUCACCGCCUCAGGCAAGAAGGUAUCGGCCAAGGAUGUCAAGAAGCAGAUUAAGGCCAUCUCCAAGUCGGGCAACAUUGUUCCCAACGCCGACGAGGAUGGCGAGGCGGAUGACGUGCCAUCAGCAGCGGUGGAGGAAGAGGACAAGUUUGUUGAGCAGCCUUCGAAAUCGACCGAAGAGCAGGAAUCAGCAGGCCACCUAACGACGUUUGACGAGAUUCAGGCGGCUUCGGCAGCAAGCGAAGGCGCAGCUCAUGGAUUGUUCACACCGUACGUUUUCUACAUCUCGCGAGAGUGCCCACGCGCUGUGAUCGAGUUCGUUCUGCGAUCUUUCGGCGCAUUGCCAGGGCGCAUCGGAUGGGACAUGGUGGCUGGUGCAGGCAGUGCGUUGGACGAGGACGACGCUAGGAUCACACAUCACAUCAUCGACCGACCAGUGCCGGCAGGCGGCAUGAAGAGGUAUGCGGGCAAGCGCGUGUUUGUGCAGCCUCAGUACAUUGUCGACUGCGCCAAUGCGAGGAAGCUGCUCCCAGCUGGAGCGUACGGACCUGGUCAGACGCUGCCACCACACUUGAGUCCCUUCGUCGACGAUGCCGAGGUGGCUCGUCGCGGUGGCUACGUGCCUGAAGAGGCGAGGGAGCAGCUGGGUCUGGAUGCAGACGCUGCUGCAGUUGCCUCAGACGACGAAGAAGACUCGGACGAGGAGCUGGAAGCGGACGAAGAUGCGGAAGAGGAGGACGAGGAUGAGAACGAGGAGAUCAAGAAAACCACUUUGCGCCCAGCACUCUCAGCGUUGCUUGCCGACCCUAGUGACAGCGGCCAAGCUGGUCUUUUGGAUGCGGCUGAGCUCGAGGCCGAAGCUGCAGGAGGUGAAGAUGCACUGGAAGACAUGCGUCGCAAACACACGGCCGCUCUCAAGGAGCCAAGAAGACGACAAGGCGUCGACGGCGCACCCAAGCGCAAGACGGAAGAGCAAGAGGCCAAGGAAAUGUCUAAGAUGAUGAUGAGCAACCGACAGCGCAAGCUGUACGAGAAGCUCAGCUAUUCGUCCGGCAAGCGCGCCGAAGAGACGGCCAAGUUGCAGCAGAAGAAGAAGGCGCUCAACAAGAAAGCUGUCAAGGGCAGAAGGUGA